AUGUUAGGUAGCUUGCACUCCUCCCAACGACUCACAGCAGAGGAAAAGACGGAUGGAUGGCCCGUUGAACGCAUGGCGCGGUCGCUGAACCUUAAUGUCCACAUGCGGUCGUGGUACGUGCGCAUUGGUGAUAUCUGGACCUUUUGCUCUCUGUACACUCUUCGUCAGAGGUUGCACAAGAAGUAA